AUGUCGGGAUAUCAAGUUCCAGCCGCGGUGGUGUCUCCCCUUUUACCCCAAGGUUUUAAAGUUUCCAUACCCCAUGAGGAGGGUAUAACACUUUUCGCUUUUCACGGAAAACUCAACAAGCCAAUAGUUAAUCUGAGCGAUCAAGACUGGGCCGCGGAUAUUAUCCGUCCAACCAAAGGUCGCUGGGUUUAUGAAAAUCGGGAUGUUUUGGUGAGACCCAAAGACGUUCUUUUCUAUUGGCUAACUGUGCGUUAUCUUGGCAAGGAUUAUCAUGCUAUGGGCCAACAAGCUCAGUUCACUCCACAGUGAAUUAUUUUCUGAUUUAAAGACUACACCAUUUUUAAACACAAAAUAGUAAUUUUUCAGAGAACACUUGAAAUAUAUGAUUGGGAAAAAGUA